UUUGGAUUCGUUAUCAGGGAUAAGCACUAUGGUCAUGCACCGGGUUAAACACAGCACGAGAAGAGCCCGUCAUGCGAGAAGGAAAAACUGUAAGUUAACGAUAAUUGCUGCAACUUUCGUCGCUGCAGUUUGGAUGAUUUAUCAGACAGUAUUCAAUAGCACGAUGAUGGACAAAGUUAAUCGCAAGAAUAUUGAGGAGCUACCGAAAUGUAAUUUCUGCAUCAGGAAUUUUGCCAUGCGGUUGAAAUCGUAUCAAGACGAAGACUACGCGAUGGCCGACCUGAGAAAUUGUCGGCCAAUUACUUGUGUCCCCCCAGAAGAUUAUUAUAUACCCAGCACUGUCCCCGUGAACAUGUUUGACUUCAAACCGCUGCUCUCCCCUAGUGAGCCGUGUGAGAGAGCCAUGGCCGCCAUUAUUAUAGUCCACACGCGCAGUGAAUCAUGGGAAACCAGAGCACAUUGGAGGGAAUCCAACAAGGCGUUUUUGGACUCGCGUCCAGAUAUUAAGCUGUACUUUAUCAUCGGGCGUUCUGAGAAUAGCACCGCUUGGAAUUUAACGACUGAAGAAGGUAAAGUUCACGACGAUAUAAUCGCUUAUGAUUUUCUUGAGCAAAACAACACCUCUCCGAGCAAAACGGCCAUGAUGCUACGGUGGUUCUCAGAACACUGCAGUAACGCCCGCUUUCUGGUCAAGGUAAACGACGGAACGUACUACAACCCUCAAAAACUCCUCUACGCCCUGGAAGACCUGCCGCCGUCGAUGACGUUUGCCGGAAAAAUGAACUACCACCACGAAGUGAAGCGAAACUCUGCCGACGAGGAAGCAGUCUUUGAGAACCUGUACCCGUACCCGUACUGGCCCAACUACAUAUCUGGUCAACUGUACAUCAUCUCAUCGGACGCAGUGACCACUCUCUGGACUGCCGCCCCGUAUGUCUUAACUGUCCCCCUAGAGGACGCCUGGAUGACCAUACUAGCCCAGGGAGCAGGAGUCAUACGAAAUUUUAUCCCGGAUAGAUUCAAAUAAGACAAGCAGGGCUGAAAACACCAUAAUAUUGGAAGGAAAACGAACACCUUGCAUUUCGUCAUUAAAAUUACGUCAUUAAAAUGUGUAAUGGUAUCCAUAUUUGUCUGAAUUUUUGAAAGAAGAUGAAAUAGUUCUUCGUAAAGGUACUUCCACUACUAACAAGCGUUCUGAGAUUUUGAUCCUCAGACUGCAAUGUGUUGAUGAACACCGGUGUAAAGGAACUGCGGGUCCGUGUAAUAGAGAGUCCGACCUCCAUUGGAUUCAUACAGACUAGGUUUAAUGUGACGUACUGUAAAUGGGUCAAAAUUUAGG